AUGGGGUCUUUUCAAAAGGGUGUCUUCCUUGUCCUGUGCUGUCUCCAUUUGAUUUAUGGGACAGUUGCGUUGUCUGAAGCUGAGCCCGAGUACAACCAAAUCGAAGACCGGUCCCAGUACACUUACCCUUACACGUGCCCUUCCAUUCUUAUCGGCACUAGGGAUACAUGUGAUGAUCUGGCUUCCAGGUGUAGUAUCUCGAAAGCAUCGUUCACUUCCUUCAACCCGAAAAACAGUGGUGGUUACUGCUACGCUUAUACUAUCCGCGAUGGCGAUACCUGCGCGAAGAUUGCCAAGGGGUACAAGAUCACCGAGACCAAGAUCGAAACUUGGAACACCCAUACUACGGCAUGGUACGGGUGCAACAAGCUGCAGGUUGGGGGCCAGGUUUGUCUUAGCGAAGGCCAACCCCCAAUGCCAGUUGCAAUCGGCGAUGCAGUAUGUGGUCCCCAAGUGCCUGGAACAGCACGUCCCAAGUUGUGGACCGAGAUUGCUUCUUUAAAUCCAUGCCCUGCGGGUCAAUGUUGUUCUACAAAGGGCAAGUGUGGUACCGGUGCAGACUUCUGUGCCGCUUCUGCACCCGCAGCUGCCGUGCUUCCUGCAUCUGCAACCAAAGCUGCAACCAAAGCUGCAUCCAAAGCUACAUCGGUGAAGACUACAUCCACAACUAAAGCUAUAUCAGCUACAUCUAAAACCAAAGAUGUGCCGUUGUCAGCUAGAAGUGUUGUAACAAUGACAGCCGAAGCUGUGACAGUUACAGCUAAAGCUAAAUCUGCAAAGAAAGCUGAUUCACACACUUUCACGACAGAUAUACCCUUGGUAGAUGUUCCCUUGACAUUUUUACACCCGGAAGAUACCAUGUCCACAUCAGCUGCCGCUCCAACUAACACUGCUACUGAUUCUGGUGACUUCCUGAAAGCGGCCCAGAAGAUCAGUCUUUUGGCGAGUCGACUUCGGAAUACAAUAGGCACUACAACUACAACCACUACCAAGGCCAAACCUGCUACAACAACCAAGAAGUCAAUCAAAACCACCACAACCAAAGCCUCCUCCACCAAGACCGUGAAUGGCGUUGUCACCGUACCCAGCGGGUGGUCACUGAAGAUGUUCGAUGGCAUUGGUUGCACUGGCAGCUACGUGUUGCUUCAAGGGCACAACAAGAAUUUGGAUGAUAGUGACUGCAUGAAGUUCCGCAGUGCGAGUAAACUCAAGACCGAUGUUACCGACACCUCCGUUUCGUGUCGUUGGUGGACUAUACCAGAAAGAGGUAAUUGGGAGUGGAGGGACUGUAAAAGUGAUUCUCUGAAUAAACCUAAAUCGUGGAUUAUGACGAAUGGUCUCUGUACUGUGUCUCCUAAUACGCAGUGCGAUCUUGUCAACGAUCUUUCCCAAACUUAUGGCUGGCGGGGUCCUGGUUUAUGCCAUGAACGCCAGACGGUGGAUCCGACAUUUGGAUCUUUGAAGUGUUAUGUUGGAUAA